AUGAUCACUUUGAUUGUCGCAAUUCUUCUUUUUUUGGUGGGAAGGACCAUAUAUCGGCUAUAUAUCCACCCGCUCAGCAAGUUUCCUGGCCCGAAGCUCGCUGCCAUCAGUAGCAUUUAUGAAUUCUACUACAGCGUCCUUAAGGGAGGCAUGUUCAUUCGGGAGAUGGAAAGGAUGCAUGAAAAAUACGGUCCCAUUGUUCGCAUUACACCCAACGAACUUCACAUCAGCGACCCGGAUUACUAUGGAGAAUUGUUUGGCGGCACUCGAGACAAAGUCCCCAUGCCGGCUCUAGCAGCCUUCUUGCCAACCUCAAUGGUUGUAACAGUCGGUCACAAUCUCCAUGCUGCCCGUCGCCGCCCAGUGGCGAAUUACUUUUCGAAAAUGGCAGUCCAAAAUUUGGAUUCGGUGCUUCAAUCAAAAGUUGACAAGCUCUGCGAUAGAAUGCAAGAGGUUGUUUCCACUAGAAGUGUCUUCCCGCUGGGUGCUGCAUUCGCGGCAUUAACGGCCGAUGUCAUUUCCGAGUGCUCAUAUGGAUUCAGCGUCAACUACCUCGAUGAUCCGGACUUCAAGAAUGAUAUUCAGCAGGGAGUUUCUAACCUGGCUAGCAUUAUCCAUAUCCCGCGGUGGGUUCCUUUCUCAUCUACCGUGUUUUCUUCGAUCCCGGAACGACUGCUGUCAAAAGUUCACCCUGCUCUUAAAGCCACCUUUCGUUUGAAGCAACUGGUUCGAACAACCUCCCAGGCAGCACUCGAAAACAAAGAGGUUCAUAAGGAAUGUGAUCAAACAGUUUUUGAUGCACUCAUUGAUCCGACUGUUCCCCCUGUGGAGAGGUCUCUGAACCGGCUGGUUGAUGAAGGUAUGAUCAUCUUGAUGGCUGGAGUAGAAACUACAGCCUCAACAUUGAGUUCGAUCAUUUUCAAUCUCCUACACAGCCCCGAUAUGUUGUCAAAGCUCCGCAAGGAACUGGACCUGCACCCCGACCAAACAUCCUGGUCUGAGCUCGAACGCUUGCCCUAUAUGAGAGGAGUAAUCAAUGAAGGCCUUCGGAUCUUCAUGAGCCACUCACAAAGACUCACGCGGGCGGACCCCACCGCAAACAUGAAAUAUAAGGAUUGGGUAAUCCCGGCUGGUAGUGCUGUCAGCCAAUCCAUUCACUUCCUCCACACAAACCCCGAAAUCUUCCCAGAACCAUAUCGAUUUGACCCCGAACGUUGGAUCCGAGCUCAGGAGCAAGGAGAUCGAUUGGAGACAUGUUUGGCUCCCUUUUCGAAAGGAACCAGGCAGUGUCUCGGAAUGCAUCUUGCGUAUGCGGAGAUUUAUCUUGGACUUGCUGCUAUCGUCCGUCGUUUUGACCUGGAGCUGGCCCAAACUACGCCGGAAGAUAUGAAUCACUACCGGGAGUACGCUUUCGGUCACCCCAAAAAGAGGAAUGCUGGGUUGCGAGUGACGGUUACUGGAACUCGCUAG